AAGUUUGAAUCGUGACAACCUACAUAAUACUUUUGCCAGCGGGAGAGAAAGUGGAAACCUUAUCGUGUAACUUUCUUUUUCAAUAUGCUAGGCACAGUUUUACAACUUUAUUUUGUCGGUGUGGCCAAUGCAGUUUUAUAUACUGAUUUAAAUUGCUCUGAAAAUAGAAAGACUAUUGUCCAUUUGUUCGAAUGGAAGUGGCGAGAUAUUGAAAAUGAAUGUCCAUUUUUAGCACAAGCUGGCUACUGCGCUGUCCAGACGUCUGUUGUGACAGAAAAUAAAUAUGAGGUGACCAGGCCGUGGUGGGAAAGGUAUCAGCCUGUUAGUUACAAGAUAAUGACUAGAUCUGGUACAGAGGAAGACUUUACACGAAUGGUUCACACGUGCAACAAUCAUGGUAUUAGGAUUAUAAAUGAUGUGGUACUGAAUCACAUGGCAAGGGGAGACUCUGGUGUUGGUGUAGCUGGGACUAUGUACAAUGGCACAGCUUUAGAUUACCCAGGGGUUCCCUACAACAAGACACAUUUUCAUAGCAGAGAUGAUUGUACAAACCCAGAUGCUCCAUUGUCUAAUCUUAGCUCCACUGAAGAUUUGAGACAAUGCCAGUUAUUAGAAUUGCCUGACUUGGAUCAAAGUCAAGAUUAUGUGCGUGAUCAAAUUGUUGGUUUGCUAAACAAGCUGAUUGACCAUGGCUCAGCUGGGUUUAGAGUGGAUGCAGCAAAACACAUUCAUCCACAGCAACUAAGCACAAUAUAUAGUACUGUGAAAAAUGUUGUGACAGGAGGUCGGCCAGUUUUUAUCAAUGAAGUUGUUAAUACUAUACCGGAUGCUGUCACUUCAGAUCAGUACUACAAUUUAGGUUUAGUAACAGAAUUUGUUUACUCUGAAGUGAUUGGUGAAAAACUCUCAAGACAAAAUUAUUCAGGGCUUUGUGAUAGCUUUAAAGAUCUUUUGCAUGAAGAAAAUGCUCUGCUGUUUGUUGAUAAUCAUGACACUCAACGUGGCCGUGAGAGACCUGGAUCGGUUGUGCUGAAUUAUAAAAAUCCAUCUCUGUACAAAAGAGCCCAAGCUUUAACACUGGCAGCUGGCUAUGGAACUCAGAGAGUCAUGUCUAGCUACUACUUUACUGACACGGAAGCUGGUCCCCCAGCUGAUGACAAUGAGAACAUUCUAGAUGUGUCAAUAAAUACUGAAAGUUUGUGUGAUAAUGGCUGGGUGUGUGAGCACAGGUGGCCAGUGAUAAAGAAUAGUGUGCAAUUUAGCAACUUUGUUAGAGGAAAGCCUAUGGCUAACUGCAGUGCUACAGAAAACACUGUGUCAUUCAGUCGUGGAAGUGGAGGUUUCUUCUGGAUGUCUAGUAACAAUAGCCUGACCAGUCAGAUCAUCUAUUCAGAACUCCCUGAAGGAUAUUAUUGUGAUGUCAUCACUGACUGCCAACAGAAGUACUAUGUAAACAGCUCAGGGAUAUUAAACUUGACGUUUUUUGGUGAACCUAUUGUAGCUCUUGUCAAAGAUAACUUUACUGAAGAGGUAACAACAGAUGGGAGUGUUUUGCUCACUGAUGAAUGGACAACAGAGAGUUACAAUACAUCUACCCCUGAGUUCACAUAUGAAAAUUCAAACCUUUUUACCAAUGGAGACACACAUCCAGCUACCGAUGAGUGGAGUACUGAUGGUUACACACAUUCAACUACGGAUGAGUGGAGUACUGAUGGUUACACACAUUUAACUACGGAUGAGUGGAGUACUGAUGGUUACACACAUUCAACUACGGAUGAGUGGAGUACUGAUGGUUACACACAUCCAACUACAGAUGAGUUGAGUACUACCACAGAACCUCAGACGAUACUUGGCUGGCACAGAACUGUUGUAUUUUUAGAGAGGCGAACUAACCCUGGAGAGGAUGUUUUUUUCAGGGGAGGAAUAACCUCAAGCAGAAUUUCUGAUCCAAAAGCUUGUGAAACCUAUGAUUUUGAAACCAACCCAUGUGUCAUUCCAAUUCGCCACAGACAGCUACAAGUUUUAGAAGCUACGCCUGCCAGAGAUUCCUGGGCUAAAGGGGACAAUUUUUUAGAUUGGUUUGGUCCAGAACCUACACAGGAGAAGCAUGGUGCUACUUUGGCGCAGGGAUCACCAGGCCAAUGGACAAGCAGCGUAAGAGGCUCUAAAUAUUAUGAUCCUUUAAAUACAUAUGGUGACCACUACUGGAUAUUAGAUGUGGACAUGGACUGCUCAAGGUCUUACAAUGGAUUUUUUGAGUUUAAAGGGGUUCUAUCCAACGGAUGGGAGACUGGUACUAGUUUAGAUAUCAAUUGUUCUGGAGAUGCAGCAGUAACUUCUCCAUAUCAUGCAGGAAAUCACAUAGGGAGAUGCGGCUACAUUAAUGUUUAUCACUGGGGAUCUGGCACUUGUGAGAUUCAUUCAUUUUUAAAUACUACCUCCAGUUAGAAAUAAAUCAACAAUAUUUAUUGUAUUGAAAAGAGAUUUAAAUGCAUAAUGCCAAAGCGUUUAUUAUUAUUUGUGUUUGUUGUUAUGACUAUUAACAAAUCACCUUGUGAUAACCUCCAGGAUUUAAUAAACGUGAAUUUAUCAUGUGUUAACUCCCUUGGACAAAUUUUAGAAUUCAUGUUAUAUAAUAUAAACAAGUUUCAUUGGCAGGGCAAUACGGCACGAGGAGCCCUAUAAGCUGCUUGAAAAAAUGUGUUAGUCAACUGUUGAAAAAAUAAAAAUUGAAUUAAAAAAAUCUUCACAUUAUUUUCCGCUGUGGUUAUUUAAUAGGUUAUAUUACUUAUA